AAGUGUUGUUUUUUCAUAUUAAUAAUUUGAGGUGUGAAAUUUUAAUAUAAGAAAGAUAUUUAAUUGUCUUUUUUUCUAAAAGAGUUUUUUUUUUAAAAGAAUAUCGAUGGGCCAAAGUUGUAUAUACUGAUGCGCAGGCGCGGUAAACUUUACACGCACACACGUCGCAAAUACAACUACCGCCAUAGUUAGGUCGAAUAUUAAAAUAGGCUUUCGUUCAUUGGAAGAAAAAAAAAGGGAAUUUAAAGUACAACUAAAGAAUGAUGUCAAGCCGUGUAAACGUUCUAUUCCUGGUGAAUAGUCUCGUAAACGUUGUCCACGUAAAAUUUCAAUUUCUGAACAUUACAGUGGCGUAGGACUCUCUCAUUGACGAAACAACUGACACGACAUAUAACGUGCCGCCGGUGGAUGUGUACCGUUAACUUGAAAAUUCAUUCCCCGUUGGUCAAGCCUACGCUCUCUCUCAUCGCGUUCAAGAGCACUCAGAUCAGAACAUCGAAAGCAGCGUGUUGAGUUUUAUCAAGGCAGUGUUAUAAUAUGUAUGUACAAGAAUGUGUUAUAAGUGAUUUGUUACGAUUCACAGAAAUUGAAUGACGUGUGCAGUUGGGAAUUGCAAAUUUUUAUCGGGACCGAGUUAGGACGGGCUCUCAUAGAAAUGAGAAAGUUGCCGUCACUUUACUGAAUUAUUGGGAACGCGCCACACGCUAAUUCUCGAAGAGAACAGCGCACCAGUUGCGGUACACAAACCACAGAGUUCACAGUCAUUGUGUGAAUUAUUAAUUGUCAAAGAUGAAUUUCACUCCAUUUCCUGGAUUUACAGCCGGUUCACUACCGGCUGGUACAGUGCAUCAAUUGGCAACAACAAAAUUUGCACAAAAUUUAACAACUGAUGGCCAACAACAACUUGUUGGAGUUUUGACUGGUGGUGAAGGUGGUGUACAAUAUUUACGACCACUCAAUACAAAUGGUUUUGCUACAAUUUCGGGUGGCAAUAAUCAACAACAAAUAAUAACACUUCCAAUCACCGUGCCUGGAAAAGAUGGAACACAACAACAACAAACUGUUCAAAUACAAGUGGUCAAUCCAAAUGUAUCACAAAGUGGAAAUAGCGGAGAUCAACCCAAAUAUCAUUUAGCGCCAAUUUCACUUGGACAAUUUCCUCAAGGUGGUGCUACAGUUUUAACAGUCGCUUACAGUCAACAGGGUUCUGAUGGAGUGCAAAUUCAAGUUCAACCACAAAACACAAUUGCCACAACACAUACGUCGGACCAAACGACACAAAGUACAUCGACUGCAGUGACAACAAGUUCACAACAAACAAUUCAACAGACAGUUCAACUUCCUGGUGCUCCCGAGGGCUUGACUGUUGUCGCACAAAUUCCACAGGAUCUUAUUCUUCGCGAGGGUUUAGAGGAUUCAAAAGAAGAUAUUAAAGAGGGUAUUGCAACUACACCGGUAGCCUUAAUUAAACGUGGUAGUGGAAAAAUUCAAGCAAGUCAAACCAGCGGUGAGGAAUUCAUUACUUCGAUGCCUGCUAGUUGGCAGAGUUUAGCUACACCUGGAUCGACAGUCGCUGAUUAUCUAUCCCGAUUGCCAGCUAGUACUUUACCUCUUAGUCUUCAUCAUUUUUUGAAAUUCUCAGCAGAAACGAUAAAACGAGAGGCAACAAUUGAGUCGAGUCCCCUUGGUGCUGAUGGAUUGGAUGCCUCUGGUAGUACCGCUUCGGGAGAACAAGCCGUACAAAUAACAGUCGCCGGUGGUGAAACCGAAAUAAUACCCGACGUUGUUGAAGAUACCGAGCCCGGUGCCAAGCCAAAACGCAAGAAAAAAUACAAGAAGAAACCACCAAAGCCAAAAAAGCCAAAGCCAGGACAAGUCAGUAUUGUCACUGCACUCGAUGGAACAACACUAUUUUGUUGUCCACAAUGUAAUAUGGCAUAUCCAGAAAAAGAACUACUUGAGCAACAUUUAAUUGGUCAUAAAAUUGAAAGGCGAUUUAUCUGCGAUAUUUGUGGUGCCGGAUUAAAACGUAAAGAACAUUUAGAGAGGCAUAAACUUGGACAUAAUCCUGAUAGACCAUUUAUUUGUUCUGUUUGCAUGAAGGGAUUUAAACGAAAAGAACAUCUUAAUUUACAUUUUGUCAUUCAUUCGGGACAAAAGACGGAGGUCUGUACUGAAUGUGGAAAGGCCUUUUAUCGAAAGGAUCAUUUACGAAAACAUGCGCGAUCCCAUUUGGCAAAGAGAGCAAAAGAAGAUCCACUUGGUACAAAUGAUAUUACACAAAAUCAACAGAGUGAUCAAUCACAACAAUCUCAACCCGAGAUACAAGCGACAGAAUUGCCUCAAAUUCAAAUACAAUUGGGACAGGGACCUUCGGCUCAAAUUCAUCAAAUUUCAGUUAGCCAACAAUCCACUGUUGUUUUACCAACGGCUGCUGAAACUGGAGCCAUCACUAUGCUACAUCAUCAACCACAACAGCAACAACAACAACAUUAGCAGCAGCCCACCGCCCAAGGUCAAACCGGGCGGUAUUUCCGAUUCAAUCAUCAACAAGCCAAGGGCAGAGCAAAGUAAAAAGGGCUUGAAUUAAAAAGGGCAUUCAAUAUUCUUCGAAAGGACAUGACCUUUUUUUUUUUUUUUUUAAUUUUCUUAAUUGAAUUUUGGUAUGUAUAAAAAAAACGUGUUGAAGUUCAAAGUAAACAUAUUUUGAAAAAAGAAAAAAUAUGUUUCACAUAAUUUCACUUUGUACUGCAACACUUGAAAUCUUGUAUAAAAAAAAAAAAAGAAUAAUUCAUGAGCCCCCCCAAUUGCACUAGUUUUAAAGUUUCUCACUAUUUUUUAAAGAAUAAAAUAUUCACAAAUUCGCAUUUAGAGUUUGAUAAAAUUAAUAUAUGUUUUAACAUUCAAUUGUGAUAAAUCAUUUGUUGUAUUUCUGUUAUGAAAUUUGAUUUAAAUAAAUUGAAUGUUACAAACGUUUGUCCAACAUAAUUUUUAAAAACUUAAUCCAACUCUCAAGACGAAUUAGAAUUUUUAUGAUGAAAAACAUAUAUAUAUAAACGAAGAAAAGUAUAUAAAUAUAUAUAAAAAUAUAAAUAUAUUAUAUAAGAAUAUAUUUUUGAGAGCGCGAACUGGAUUCGCUGGGAGAUGAAAUGAAUGCUGUUUAGGAUUUUGGCCAAAAAAAAAAAAGAAAAGAAAAACUACGCUCUGCAAAAAAAAAAACAUGAUAGGACUUGUUACGAAAAAAAAUGUAAGGAAAACAAUUAAUGUCCUCGAAUUAAAACUGUAAAUAUCCAUCGAGCGGUUUUUCCACCUACCGGUUUCGAAACAAGACUGCGAAGUGCAAAUAUGGAAUUUUUUAUUAUAUUUUUAAUUUAUUUCUGCCUUACUUAAAAAGAAUAGCUCAUAAUUAAGAGAGCCACGGUGGGAGAAUCUUUUGAUAGGUUAUUAAGUAUUAUUUAGUAUACGUUACUUUUCUUUAUCUAUUAACAAUCCACUUGUUCUUCCAAAAGUCAUUCUACUUAUUAUUGAGAGAAAAAUUACAUUGACUUUUGGAAAAGAAAAAUUGUAUAUUAAUUUUUUUUUUUUUUUUUUGAAUGAUUUAUAUGGAUUUUUUUUGUAUUAUUGAAAAUAUCUGAGAAAAUUAAUAUAUUGAAAAUGUAAUAUAAAGUGGAUGAUUUAAACUUUAGGAAUGAUUUUGUUUUAAAGGAGAUAUAAAUGGAUUCCGUAAAAGUUUUUUAAACUAUAUGAAAAUAUAUAAUUAAUUUUUUGCAUAAUAAUAAAAACUUAAUACUGAAAUUUCCAUUUUUGUGGUUGAAUAUAAACUUAACAUUCAGUGAUUAUUUUUAGAAUCUAGCAAAGGAUUCUUCAUUUACGAAAACUGAAAACUAACUCUUAAUACAAUUUUUUUUAUCUUAUUGAGAGAUAAAAAAAAAAAAUAAAUAAAUUUUAUUAGAUGAUUGAGAGACGCAUGGCAAAUUUAAUGGGUGGAUGAUAUCACAAGCCGAAAGUAGGUUCAUUUUGCACGCGAUUAUCUAAGAAUUAUUUUUUACAUUUCCAACUAUAUAGCUUUUUGUUAUUAUAAAUUGUCAAUUUGAGGAAAAAAAAUAGAAGAAAAUUAUUCGCCGUCUAACCAAUAUCGUGUAAUUCACUGUGCUAUGCAUGCAUUUAAUUUCCAUGCUGUGCGCAAAAAAAAAAAAAGAAACUCGAAUAGAAAAUUUUUAUUCGUAUAUUCAAUUCAAAAGAAGAGUAAUGAAAUUUUGGUAAUCAUUCUCAUUCAAAAAGAAGAAAGCAUUUUAACCCUGUAGUUGAUGUUUCAUAUUUCUAGUAGAAAUUUCUUUCAUUAUGCUACUUCUUACUAUAUCCGUAAAUGGAUAAAAAAAAAUAUGACCUGGUAAUCUACCAUUGAUGUCUGACAAAAAUCAACUGUAAAUGCGGCGCAAAAAAAAAAAAAAAAAAAAGAUUCAAAUUUGUAAAAAAGAAGGAUAAUCGUUUUGGGACGUAAGCCUUUUCGAAGCAUUCUCGAAAAUGCAGAUAUAUAUAUUAUAUAUAUUAAAAAAAAAGUAAAUAAAACAAUUUUUAUUGUAAGUAUCACAAUAAAGGCAGUGGGUAUAGAUCUACGAAAAAUAUAUAACUAUUAUUUUAUUAAUAAUGUAGCUAUCAUCGUUAGUUAGUAAGCCUUUUCAUUGUUACUUACUGAUAUUGGACAAAUGAUACAAUAAAGCGUACCUUUAAUACAAA